GUAAAACCGCCAUAAUUCACACUUUGGUAGAUGGUUCGCCCUCCGCCUGUGGUUAGCCAUGGCCAGUAAUGAGGUCUGACAGUCUCUAAGGGGGUUAUUGCAGUUACUGCAUUUAUCUGUUUUCGAGUUUGCGGGAUCAGACAGCGCUGGGAUCACAGGACAGUACUAGCUCUAGGUUGAUGCAGUCGAACCUGCGGACUCUCAGGUGAUUGGCUGAAGGUGGAUGACAUCAUUAAAAGUCCACUGCCUCAGCCGCGCGCUAAACUCCUGGAAAGAGAUCAGAGCCGCUCGCGCAGAUGGGAGCCACAUCUGGCGGAUUGUAAACCGACUCGAUCUAGAGAAAACCAUUCGCUCGAGGUGUGUUUAGGUGAGCAGCCAGUCGCGAUGUUGAGAGACUUAAUGAGCUUCUCUCCGCUGGCGAGAGCCGCGCGCGUCAAGAGCGCAUGAUGUGAAAAACAACAUGAGGAAAGCCCAUCUAAUAAUCUUGAGGAGAAACUUGACGGAGUGAAGGAGGAAGGGUGGAUUCUUUUUCUUUCUUUUUCCCUUCUGGCUGGCUGAGCAUUUUUAAAACCAUGCAACAUGAAUGUAACUAACAGCACUGAAGCAGAGGGACUCGCGCCCUGGAACUUCAACGGCUUACUGAGCAACGUAUCCAAUGAUGUAAACUUCAGUUGCAACAGCAGCAGUACCAAUGGCUCAUGUGCAGCGGUUGUGGCGGACAGUUACAGCCCAAACAGGACGGUGGAGAUGGUCUUCAUUGCACUGGUUACAGGAUCUCUCAGUUUUGUCACCGUUGUGGGCAACAUCCUUGUCAUGCUCUCAAUCAAGGUCAAUCGACACCUACAGACCGUCAACAACUACUUCCUUUUCAGCCUGGCCUGUGCAGAUCUCAUCAUCGGUGUGUUCUCCAUGAACCUUUACACCGUCUACAUCAUCAAGGGCUACUGGCCGCUCGGCCCUGUUGUGUGUGACCUGUGGCUUGCACUGGAUUAUGUGGUCAGCAACGCUUCUGUCAUGAACCUGUUAAUCAUCAGCUUCGACCGAUACUUCUGUGUGACCAAACCCCUGAGUUAUCCCGCACGCAGAACCACCAAGAUGGCCGGCCUCAUGAUUGCCUCCGCCUGGAUCCUGUCUUUCAUCCUGUGGGCUCCUGCUAUCCUGUUCUGGCAGUUCAUCGUUGGAGAACGGACUGUAACGCCUGGUGAAUGUUACAUCCAGUUCCUUUCCAACCCCGCAGUCACGUUCGGCACGGCAAUCGCUGCAUUCUACCUGCCAGUGGUCAUCAUGACGGUGCUUUAUGUGCACAUCUCUCUGGCCAGCCGCAGCCGUGUGUCCAAGCAGAACCCUGAGGCAAAGAAGGAGAAGAAAGGCCCAAAAUCUAGUGGUCUCCUCAAGAGUCACAUCUUGAAGCAGAACAACAAUAAUCAGUCUCCUCCUAAACCUAGCCUGGAUACCUGUUCUACAGUGGACACCAUGAAGAACGGUAAACUAGACGAGUCUGUGGUGUCCGCUAAAGCUGACUCCUGCGUGCAGCCGGAGGAGAAGGAGAGCUCGAAUGACUCCAGCACAGUCAGCAUAGCUCCUAAAGAGCCUAAAGAACGAGCGAACAGUGAGGUGACUUCAGAGGCCGGCUUGACACCCGUGCCCACCGCCGCACCUAAACUCAACCCUCAAUCCAAAUGGUCCAAGAUCAAGAUAGUCACCAAACAAGCGGGAGACGAGUGCAUCACAGCCAUCGAGAUCGUCCCACCUAACAGUGCCACUGAGAGGCGCUCCAUUCCUGUGAACCGUCCCCGCACAGUGGCGCGCAAGUUUGCCAGCAUCGCCCGCAGCCAGGUGAAGAGGAAAAGGCAGAUGGCGGCACGAGAGAAGAAAGUGACAAAGACAAUAUUUGCCAUCCUGCUGGCCUUCAUUAUCACAUGGACGCCAUACAAUGUAAUGGUUUUAAUAAGCACAUUCUGCCAGUCGUGCGUUCCAGACACAGUCUGGGCCAUUGGCUACUGGCUCUGCUACGUCAACAGCACCAUCAACCCCGCUUGCUAUGCACUCUGUAACGCCACCUUCAAAAAGACCUUCAAAAACCUGCUCAUGUGCCAGUAUAAGAACAUCGGCACCAGAUGAACGAAGGGAAGAAGCAGCUAGCGAAGAUGGAGAUAUGAUAUGGAAGGUACAAAGGCUGUCCCAGCACUGUGCAGUAAAUUGUGAGGCUUCAUAGUCAUAAUGCUGAAACAGUGUGUCAUAACCAAAAGUUUAUGUAUUAAGGAAUCAAUGUUUACAAGAGGGUGAUGGAGCAAUGGACAAGAGACUGAAUCACUGAAGAAAUCAAGCUGAAGUCAUGAAACAAAUGACUUUUCCAGUAAUCUGAUCAUUGCUCUAUUGCUAAGACCACUGGAAUUUUGCACUAGAGUAUUGUGAAGAUCAAGACAAAGACUAUGCUUUAGAGAGGCCAGUGGCUCAUUUUUCCAAAAGUUAAGAAUCACA